AUGACAUGGCACAAGUUCAGCUCGCAUGUCACUAAUGGAAUAAAGCCAGACAAGAGGGAGUGGCGAGCAAGCAGGAAGGACGACAAAAGAGGAGGUAACUAUGGAAGCCACUACAAACAAACAGACGGACGAACAAGCAGCAGAUAUUUGGGAAUGUCUUGCCACUGCCACGACCCAGCAGUUGUUUCGCAAGUGUUCGACGAACUGGAUGCCGACAAAAGUGGAAAGAUCGACAAGAAGGAGCUGUUCAAAGUCUUCAAACUUCUGUGCGAGCAUGCAGGCCAGGUUGUCGACGAUGGCGUCCUGCAAGCUGAAGCACAGAAAGCCAUUGAAGAGCUGGACAGAAGUGGUGAUGGAAUGAUAGAUAAGGCUGAGUUCAUGGAGUUCAUGAACAGACAUUGA